CAAGAUUAGCUUUAAAUAAUUUUGUCUUAUCUUCUUCUUGGAUUUGAAAAUCCAUUUUCUUUCUUUUUUCUCUAAGCAUAUUCUCACUCUCUCGCACACAGUCACACACACAUACACACACUUCAGGAUAUAUAAUAUCAUAAACCAUAGCUUUUUUGCCUUUUUCGAGUUUUUACCGGCGAUUUCGUGAAUAUGAGUCGUGUAUGGUUUUGUCGUUGCUCGCUCAUAGCAGAAAAAAAUAACAAUAAGUCACUGCCUUUACUGCUCCAAUAUUUUUAUAAAAAUAGUAUUUUCUUCUGGCAUAUUCUAAAUUAAGCUUGAAUUUUCCCUGCAACUCAGGGUGGGUUACCUUCCUCUCUUUGAAAAAGUUUUCUUAUUUACAGAUGAAGAAGAUCAAGAAGAAGAAGAAGCAAAAGGAAAGAGAAGCGAGCUUACUAUCAUAUUUUCUAGGGUUUGUCUUCCCCUAGAGGGAAUGUCAAAGGCGUACAUGGUAGCAGAAGAGCGGGACUUUUACCAAGAGAUGUUGAUGUUAGGACAAGACCACACCGGUCGUAUCCGAGCAAGCUCGAGCAGGUCUAGGCCAAGGAAGGUUCGGAUUCGUGAAUACAAGAUUCCGGAUCUAAACGCAGAUCCUUGUUUGGAUAUGGAUGAAGAAGAAGAAACAGGAGUGGUGGUAGUAGGAUUAAAACCCCAGGAUGCAGAUUAUUAUUCACUAAACGUUCCUCAGCUUCCUUACGAGCUAGAGGUCGAGAUACUCGCACGCCUCCCGCGUUUCGAGUAUUGGAAACUUAAGUUCCUAAGCACACGUUUCUCGCGUUUGCUAAAGGAAGGUAAGAUAUUCAAGGUGCGGCGAGACCGCGGUCUGGUCGAACCGUCUGUCUUUAUGCGGUCAAACGGCGACAAGAGCUGGACCAUGUUCGAUAAGGACUUCGAGAAUUACCAGGAGGUUCCGGAGCUUCCUUCCGACGUGUGCUUCUCCCUUGGAGAUAAAGAAUCGCUUUGCGCUGGAACGCAUUUGAUCGUCACCGGGAGAGAGGAGAAGAGCGUUGCUCUGUGGAGGUACGAGCUGGAGACUAGCAAGUGGUUCAAGGGUCCUGCGAUGAUCACGCCUCGGAUCUUGUUCGCUUCCGCUACGCGUGGGACCGUUGCGUUCGUGGCUGGAGGGUUGAAAGUGUAUGGAGACGCGUCUAAGGAGGUCGUGAGCGGAGCCGAGAAGUACGACUCGGUGACGAAAACGUGGACGAGUCUCCGUGGAAUGCACAAGAGGCGGCAGUUCUGCUCGGGAUGUUACUUGCGCGGCAAGUUUUACGUCCUCGGUGGUAAGGAUGAGAACGAUAAGAACUUGACUUGCGGAGAACGUUACGAUGAGGGAACAGACAGUUGGGAACUAAUACCUGACGUUCUUAGAGACGCGUCUUUCUCGUCUAUUCAGUCUCCACCGCUCAUUGCCGUGGUGAAUGACAAUCUUUACUCUCUGGAAACAUCUGCGAACGAGCUCCGCGUUUACGAUACAAACGCAAACGUUUGGAAGAAGCUUGGGGACGUGCCUGUGAGAGCUAAGUCUAGUGGAGGAUGGGGAGUUGCGUUUAAGUCGCUCGGGGACAAGCUGCUUGUGAUGGGAGAAUCGGUGGGACCGUCCCGGACAGAGACCAUGUCGGUUUACACGUGUCGCCCGUCCGCUAAUCCUGAGGAGAAGCUGGUUUGGGAGGAGUCUAAGCGCUGCUGUGAUGUUCGGCUCAGCCAUUUUAUCUUGAAUUGUUGUGUGAUGAUUGCUUAAAAGGGUCUUUUCUCUGAAGCAAAGCUAAACUGUGGUGGUAACUUUUGGUUUUUGUGUGUGUUUUGAAUAAUGUAAGUUGUAGCGGUCACCAAACGCUUAAACUUAAUUACUGUUGUGUGGAUUGUCUUUCUUGUUCGGCGUUUUAAUUUGCGUCUUGUGUGUUUCAGUAAACGCCGGUGUGUGUGUGUUCUUUGUUUUGUGUAAUAUUAUAAGCUUUAAGCAUCUGUGUUA